AUGAUCAAUACUAAAUCAGUAUCUAAAGUAGGAAACAAUAGCAAUGGUUACAAGCCUUCAGAUGUGGUCGAUAGAGAAAAUGCUGAUGAACAAACUAUCGAAACUUCACCUUCGAUUUCAUUAACAAUAUCUGAAUCAUUUGCUAGUAAUGUGAUAAAUACAUCUGAAUCACAAAUUAAUGUGCAAAUGGAAAUAGAUAUACCUACAAUGCAAUCAGUUACAAUCUUCAAAAACGAAACUAUAAUUAAUGCAUUCCAAUCACAACAGACAGAGAGUAACAAAUCUGGAUUUAAUGCUUUUCGACCAUCACAAGCAGUAACUGAUGAACAUGAAUUUAAUGCUUUCCAACCUUAG